AUGUCCAAGGACUCAAAGAAGAAGCAUCAUUGGGGCACCACCCUAUUAAGAACGAUUGGACUUAAACGCAAGCACGAUAAGGGUCGCACUUUUUCAAAUAAUACUAAAAAAGGAAAUUUUAACACUAACAAUACUGCACGAUACAAAAGCAUAAUAAGGAAUCCAGAUGACACAUCGCUACUAAAGCGGGAAACUUAUACAGAUUCUGUUGCGAGAGGGUCUCAAAAGGCGACCUCUUCCUUAGCACCUAGUCAAGGCGUAUUCAAUAUCCCCAUCGUUAUAGAUCCUAUGGAGACAAAUAAGCUCGAAAAGACAAAUACGAGCUUGACAUUAGGGUCAUUAAAGGGACAUUGCCGUAAUGGCAAUUCGAACUCAAAUUCGAAUUCUGUGCCAAGCUUGUCUCUUCAGUCUAUGGAAAAGAAAAAGCUGGGGAAUGAGAGACGACAAGAGGCUAUGAAUCAAAAUGCGGAAAGAACUCCCGAUAGUCCCCACCCACAUACCGCGUUCGAAACAUUUCUUACAUUUGCCCAUAAUGCUGUAGGCCACAUACCCAAAAUAAAUAUACAAGAAGCUGAUGGUAGUGCAACUUCGAAGCAUGAACUGAAGGACAGGAAGGAAAGUUCAUCAAAUACGUCAGGAGCCCCUUCAGACAAGAGCACAAAUGAUAAAAAUACUACAUCGAUUAAGGGAAGCGAUGGGCCUUUUUUGAAAAAUUUGGAUGAUAUUCUUGCAGCAUCUGCGUCAUCGACUCCAGUUAAUCAACAACUCAAUGCCACAGAAACUGAGUCUAAAAACAAAUUAUCAUCAUUGUCUAAAUCUCCUUAUGGUGAUUUAAAGAGCUACGUUCAUGCAGAUUCCCACUCGAAUUCCAAUUUAAACUCAAGAGAUGAUAUAUCUUCGGAAAACUCUAGAAAACAGGCGAAUGCUACGGCCAGGAAAGUGGUUUUCGAGCCCAUUCGAAAUUCUCAUGCUAAACCUACUCCUGGAGUUGGAAACCUGAGAUUAGAACACUUCAAUGACUCUCAGGUCACUCUUGAAGAGCUAGAAGCUGUAUCAACGGGCUCGCUCGCGGGAGAAGAGCAUUUUAACAACAACGAGCUGUCACUGAACGAUAAUUCGCACAAUGCCAUUAAAAUCAAUGUAGAGAAGAAGCCUAUCCCUAGGAAAUACUCUUCUAAAUUCUCAAUAGUUGCCCCUUCUACAACAGAGGGUAUCAAGCCUAGAAGAAGAGCCAAAUCGAUGGUUAACACAAUGAAUGAUAAGCGAAAUUCCAGCAGUGAUCUUUUGCAAGAUAGUAAAAAGAGGUUUUCUUUCAACUGUUCUAAUGGGACAACGAAUAAUGGUCUGGAUGAUGAAGAACGCGAGCCUAGGGAGUUGUCUAAAAAGUCUCUUAACAAGAGAUCAUUCUCUCCAGGGAGCAUUAGUAUGGGAAUGAAAGUACUACCAUCUACGGCAUUGAAGUACUCAUUGAACAAAGUAAAGAACAGCACUGAUAUCGCAUCGACAAUAUUACCUCGAAGUAGUAUUUCGAACGGUCGCCCCUCUUUAGGAUUACGGAGGAGCUCUAGUAAAAGCUUUUCAUCUACUCCUGUGAAUGUUGUUGAAUCAUCUGACGAAAAUGACAGAGAAGGCAACAUCAAAAUAGAGGGGGUUGAAUAUGCGAGUGAAAAGAAGAAUUCGGAUUUCCAUGCAUUAUUCAAGGACUCAGGUGUGAGUCCCAAUGAAAGGUUAAUUUUGGAUCAUAGUUGUGCUUUGUCCAGAGAUAUUCUUUUGCAAGGCAGAAUGUAUAUAUCUGACCAACAUAUUGGAUUCUAUUCUAAUAUUCUAGGUUGGGUAAGUACCGUUUUUAUACCAAUCAAAACAAUUGUCCAAAUAGAAAAAAAAGCCACAGCAGGGAUUUUCCCCAACGGAAUAGUUAUUGACACUUUGCACACAAAAUAUACGUUUGCAUCCUUCACUUCCAGAGAUGCUACAUAUGAUUUAAUUACUGAAGUAUGGAAUCAAAUAAUUUUAGGAAAAAGGCUUCGCAAUAACGCCAAUAAUAUAAACAGCAGUUCUAACUCUAUCAGUGAUAGUGAAGACGACGAUUAUGAUGAUUAUGAGUACGAUGAUAAUGACGAUGACCUUUACGAUAACAGUAAUAAUAUUACCGAUUCUACCGACAUGACGUCGAACGUCAGCAUAGGAAAGCCGGAAGAUUUACCCACACCCCUUCAACAAUCGGAUAGCGCUGCAAACAUAUGUCUAGGUUCAGAGAUCCCGGUACUGGGUCCAAUAAAGCACUCACCUACGGAAGCGGCGUACAAACCAGUAUCCAACGACAAACUAGUCAACGAAUCAACCAUAUCGGCUCCGCUAGGGAAGGUAGUAAGUGUCUUGUUUGGGAAAGAUGUCAAUUAUAUUUCUUCAAUUUUAAAGGCACAAAAUAACUACGAUAUUUCACCAAUUCCUGUUCUUGUUGAUUCAUCCACAGUUCCGGAAAAUAAAAAGAGAGAAUACUCUUAUAUGAAACCAACGCCAGGUGCUAUUGGUCCCGGUAAGACUAAAUGUAUAAUAACUGAAAUAAUCAAACAUUAUAAUUUAGAAGAGUACGUUCAAGUCCUGCAAACGACAAAAACUCCGGAUGUUCCCUCAGGAAACUCAUUUUUUGUGAGAACAGUUUACCUUUUAUCUUGGGCAAACAACAAUGAAACAAAUUUGAAAGUGUAUGUCUCUGUUGAAUGGACAGGUAAGAGUUUAAUCAAGAUUCCCAUUGAAAAAGGCACAUUUGACGGGGUAGGGGAAUCAGUGAAGAUAUUGGUGGAGGAGCUUAAUAAUCUAUUAGCACGGUCUGCUAUCAAAAAGAAAAAACCCUCAAAGGAUAAUUCAAUAUCUCUAUCACCUCUCCCGAAUAUGAAGCCUGAUUCACACGCACCUACUGAACCUAAUAUUAAAAAGGAUAAGGAUGACUCUAUUAUAAGGGAAAAUGAAAAUAUAUCCGCUCCAUUAGGAACCGUAGUCCAAUUAUUAUUUGGUUCGAAUACGGAAUAUAUGCAAAAAAUUAUUACUAGAGAUAAAAAUAAUGUUAACUUGGAAACGAUACCAAACUUUACACCCUCUUUGGUUGAGGGCGCUUCAAGAAGUUAUGAAUACACGAAGAAAUUAAACAACUCUAUUGGGCCUAAACAGACAAAAUGUUUAUUAACUGAGACUAUUGAGCACAUCGAUAUUAGUAGCUAUGUUUUGGUGAUUCAAACGACAAGAACACCCGACGUUCCAUCCGGUAAUAAUUUUGCAGUAGAAAGUAAGAUCUUUUUGUGUUGGGGCCAACAUGACACUACGAAUUUAACCGUUAUAACAAAAAUUAACUGGACAAGUAAAUCAUUUUUGAAAGGUGCUAUUGAAAAAGGUUCCGUUGAAGGUCAGAAAGUUUCUGUCGAUUGUAUGGUUGCUGAGCUGCGAGAUGUAAUCAGUGCAGUGAAAACCAAAAAACCAGUGAGAAAGAGAACAAAGGGACGUGACAAACAUAAGCCUUCUCCUAGUAAGAUCGAACAGAAAAGCUUCGAAAGCGAUAAGAACGAUAAGAGUAAAAAUACCCUGGGUUGUGUUUUAGAUUUUGUUCAGAAUACUUUGAAUUUGGAGAAUAUUAUGAACACUUCUAUGAAUCCUCAAAAACUACUUUUGAUUUUGAGUUUGAUAGUUAUAUUACUUUGGUCUACCAAGCUUCAUAUUUUCCGAGCCAAUCAGAAUCUUCAAGUUGUGAAGCCAGGAAGGUUGCUCAUUGAUGGCCAAGAGUAUAAUUAUGUGCCGAGCUUCGGAACACUAUACAAUUCGUAUGAGACUGCCAUGUCAUCUGGAAAAAAAAAAAAUACAUAUCUCGCAAAGGGUAGAAACUCUAUUACUGGAGGGGAGAGUGAUAUUUGGGACUGGAUCAACAACAGAGGGAGUGUUAUAUCACCUCAAGCGCAUGUUACACGAGAAAAUGUUGAGGGACACAAACUGCAACAGCUGGCAGAAAGCGUCAAGGUAACAGAACUGCAACUAAACCAUAUGAAGACUUUGCUUGACAAGAUUGAGGAAGACACGAGCAAUUUGUCAUCAUAG